AUGACCAGCUCCUGUUCAUCGGAUGACAUUGAUCAGGAGGAAAUACAGCUGGCCUUGCAGGCUGCGAAGAUUGCGUCCAGAGAAAAGAUCAGAUCCCGCUUCCACAGCAGUAAUGACCUCAUUCACCGGCUCUUUGUCUGCAUCUCAGGUGUUGCUGAUCAGUUGCAGACAAACUAUGCAAGUGACCUAAGGAGUAUCCUAAAGACUUUGUUUGAAGUCAUGGCCACCAAACAGGAGAUAGAUGACAAAGGGAAGCAGAAAAAAGUGAGCCAAGGCCUGAGGAGUUCUGCUUUAGAAGAUUGUGCUCUCUGUCAAGAAACCAUCUCAUCCUCAGAGCUAGCUGCCAAGGCCCGCGAUGGAGAAUUUGAAGAUCCUCCUGACUGGGUCCCGGAUGAAGCUUGCAGUUUGUGCACUGCGUGCAAAGCUCCUUUCACAGUGAUACGCAGGAAGCAUCAUUGCCGCAGCUGUGGCAAGAUCUUCUGUUCCCGCUGCUCUUCCCACUCUGCCCCACUACCGCGAUACGGGCAGAUGAAACCAGUCCGCGUCUGCACACACUGUUAUAUGUUCCACGUCACUCCUUUCUACAGCGACAAAGCUGCAAUCUGA